AUGUCUUCACCCUCCAAGGUCGUGCUUGUUACCGGAUGCUCUGAGGGAGGCAUAGGAUUUGCUCUCGCAGAAGAGUUCGCGGCUCGCGGAUGCAUCGUCUACGGCAGCGCAAGGAAUGUAGCCAAGAUGGCGAGCAUAGCUCCGAGUGUACACCGGAUAGCGCUGAACGUGACGAGUGAAGAGUCUAUUAGCGCCGCGGUGAAGCAGAUCACGGAAGAGCAGGGCAGGAUAGACAUUCUCGUGAAUAAUGCCGGCGUGUCACGAGGAGGACCUUUGCUUGAUAUACCGUUUGAAGACAUACAGACCGUCUAUGACGCCAAUAUCUUCUCCAUUAUUCGUACCGUCAAGGCUAUCGCGCCCUCCAUGUGCCAAAGAAGAAGCGGGCUCAUCAUCAACGUCGGAUCCAUUUUCGGUACAUUCGCGCCACCGUGGUCUUCCGUAUACGGCUCUUCCAAAGCGGCCGCCCACAUGAUCACGAACUCCCUCAAGAUGGAGCUCAGUCCCUUCAACGUCAAUGUCAUGCUCGUAGCGCCCGGCGCGGUUCGCACUGGGAUUGUGAGCCACACCUCCGAAACAUGGUCGCUCCCCGAGGGCUCUGUCUAUACCGAUUACGCUGAGAGCAUCCGUGAACGGUUGACGGCGGUGCAGCGCAUCAAGGCACUUACACCAAAGCAGUUCGCUAAGCCCUUGGUGGACAAAGCGUUGAGGAGGAGCCCACCUUACUUUGUUAGUUUCGCGCCUGCGGCGUUUUUGUUCAAGGUGCUUAGUUGGCUACCCACUGCGUGGGUGAGGUGGAUCUUCAGCAAAUGGUAUCUUCAGUUGAAGCCGAAGUCGAAGACCGCGUAG